CUCUAGUGGACUUUGUCUUUGGAGGCAGUGUGCCCAGGCGGCGCUCGGCAGGAGACUGGAGGAUUGAGGUGCAAACCCUCCGUCCCCCAUGAGUGGGCGCCCCUGCACUCCUCCCCCAGCUGCACCGCCAGUGUCCUUUAGGCAUUGUAAGAGCAACAGACACUGAAGAACUCUCUGAAUUGUGGUCCUUGGCCAUACCCAAAGGAUGACGUUGCUCAGUGGUGAGCUUGCGCCCUCCUCCGCGUCCUGCUGCUCCAUGCCUUGGAGCGACAGCCUUGGAGCCCAGGGGAGAGAGUACUCAGAAGGCAGUGGGACACGACCGAACACAGGCACACUCACUAAGACCAGUAGAGAGUACAGAGGAUGGUGUGUAAAAGACCCUGAAAAUCAGCUUCCAUACCAGCUGCCGUUCUGAUCCAGAGUGAUGUCUGAACUGAGAAGAAAUGUUCCCUUACGGGGGUUGGUGUCGUUUGAGGACGUGGCUGUGACCUUUACCUGGGAGGAGUGGCAGGACCUGAGUGAUGCUCAGAGGACCCUGUUCCGGGAGGUGAUGCUGGAAACCUACAGCAGCCUGGUGUCCCUGGGACACUGUGUGACCAAACCUGAGGUGAUUGUCAGGAUGGAGCAAGGAGCAGAGCCGUGUACUAUACAGGAACCCCCAAGCCAGGGCCUCUCAGAUGUCCAGACCAUGGAUGACCUGAUCAAAGUCAGUCAGGAAAAUCAAGGCAAACAUUUAUGGCAAGUUCUAAUUACCAACAACAAAACAUCAACGGAAGAGAUAACUGAUUUACAGAGAACGUUUUACUCGGGUUCAAUCCAUAUCUCCAAGCUAAUUAUAAAUAAUGGAAAAUGUUCAGAAAUGAUGCCUGAGGAGUUUCAUGUGGGUAAGAACAUGUUGCCCACUUGGGAGUCUGAUGAGAUCCAUGUUGGCAAGAAGUCCGAGGGCCCUAAUGCCAUCAGAUCUCCCAGCUAUCCUAAGCAUCAUGUUGCUGGUCAGACGAUUCCAACUGUGGAGCAGCCUUUUGAAUUUAGUGAACAAGGGAAAGCCUUCAACAAAGAAACAGUAUUCUUUACACCUAGGAAGGCUAUGAUGGGAGAGACUACCUGUAAAUAUAGUGGGACAAGGUAUGGUAAGUUAGCUGAUGUGGUCCAAGAGAGCUGUCACCUGGGGGAGAUGCACAACAGAUGUAAGCAGUGGAGAGAACUCUUUUUGGAGAAACCAAUAGAGUUAAUUCUUCAGAGUGAUGUUGAAGAUGAACACAAACAUAGUCAAAGUUGGCGUUUUAUCGGCAAGAAAAGAACUCCAUUAGGACGGAAGAAGAUAGAAUAUAACGCAUGUGGUAAAACUGUCUGUAAAAGUAACAAUAAGAAUAAACAAACAGGUGAGAAAUCUCAUGAAUGUUUGAAAUCUUUUCAGAAGUCAACACUCAGACGUCAGAGAAUUCUCACAAGACAGAAACCUUAUGAAUGUAAAGAAUGUUGGAAAACAUUCUUCCAGAAAUCAGCUCUUGAUGGACAUCAGAAAACUCACACAGGAGAGAAACGCUAUAAAUGUGAAGAAUGUAGGAAAACUUUCCACUGGAAGUCAGCCUUCAUCAGGCAUCAGAGAACUCACACAGGAGAGAAGCCCUAUGAAUGUCAAGAAUGUAGGAAAACAUUCUCUCAGAAGCCAACCCUCACAGUACACCAGAGAACACACACAGGAGAAAAACCCUAUCAAUGUCAAGAGUGUAGAAAAACAUUCUAUGGGAAGUCAAGUCUCACCAGACAUCUGAGAACUCACACAGGAGAGAAACCCUAUGAAUGUCAAGAAUGUAGGAAAACUUUCUCUCAGAAACCAACCCUCAUUGUACAUCAGAGAACUCACACUGGAGAGAAACCCUAUGAGUGUAAAAUAUGUAGAAAAAAUUUCUAUUCUAAAUCAGAACUCACUAAACAUCAGAGAAUUCACACAGGAGAGAAGCCCUUUGAGUGUAAAGUAUGUAGGAAAGCUUUCUACCAGAAGUCAUCCCUUACUGCACAUCAGAAAAUUCAUAUAAGAGUGAAACCGUAUGAAUGUCAAGAAUGUAGGAAAACUUUUCACUGGAAAUCAACUCUUGCUAGACAUCAGAGGACUCAUACAGUAGAGAAACCUUAUGAAUGUCAAGAAUGUAGGAAAACUUUUCACUGGAAAUCAACUCUUGCUAGACAUCAGAGGACUCAUACAGUAGAGAAACCUUAUGAAUGUCAAGAAUGUAGGAUAACUUUCUGCCAGAAGUCAGACCUUAGUGUACAUCAAAGAACUCAUGAGAGAGACUCUGUGAAUGUCAAGAUAUAGGAAAAAUUGUUCCUGGAAAGUAGCCUUGACUCCAGAGAACUCACACGUGUGUCCUCCUAUUCUGUGGAGACUGACCUCAUCUUUAGCAAAAGAAUAUUUUUCUGUUGAGAAAACAGCCUCCAUUUACUGUGGUUGUGAUCCUGUAUCAAACCUGGAUGGGACAUGCACACUAGCAAUGAGUAUUACUUCCAUGUUGGGUCACAAAAGAUUUCAUGCCUGUGUCCCAGACAUGUGAAUGGCCUGCCACUUUGCCUUGAGACCCAAAGAGCAAAGAUGGCACCAUGAUUUAAGACAAGGGGUUGGGGAAAGCAGUUUUCCAAACUACCUCACCUAUCUCCAUCUGAGCUUUGACUGGGAAUGAGACAGAGUAGGGGAGCAGAACAGGCAGAUGGACCGAAAUACACUG